UCCUCUCCCUGUGAUUCUGUUUGAACUACAGUGAAAUGAACUGCGUAACAAGCCAGACUACUUUCUCUUCCCAGGACGGAAGACUGUACGGACAGGGUGGGUUCUUCAUGUUCUACAAUAAAAUAGAUAUUUUAAAAGGUUACAGACAGGUACGUUUACAAUCCCACGCCUCAGAGAUCUCUGCAAUUUUUACUCUUGACUUCAUCAGAAUACCGCCUUGGUAUUUUAAAUGUGUGACACGCCUACAUUGAGGCGGACGGACUUGUAGUCGUGCUGAAUUGUGAGUCGGUUUCUGCACUGUCUGUCUUUCUCUGAGUCAACUCCUUCAGCCAUGAACAAAAUCAUCGUUUAUGAACAUUGUAACUUUGAUGGCCUCAGCAGAGAGUUCACUUCUGAUGUCCCGGAUUUAAUUCAACUAAAUUUUAAUGACUGCAUCUCCUCUCUGAAAGUCAUCGGGAAUCCAUGGGUGGCGUACACAGGUGCUAAUUACACUGGUGAACCGACUGUCUAUGAGGAAGGAGAAUAUGCCAGCGUGUACUACAACGAUGACAUUUCUUCAAUACAGCUGGUGACAGAAGAUCUGGACAAUCCUCAGAUCACACUGUAUGAAGAGAAGAAUUAUCAGGGCCGGAGCCUCGUCCUCGACUGUGAGACCAAUUUGCAUUAUGGCACUUUUAAUGACAAAACAUCUUCUCACAAGGUGCAGAGAGGAGCCUGGGUUCUGUAUCAACAUAAACAGAGAGGUGGGUAUAUCCUGGUGGCCAGAGCUGGUCGUGAUGUUCCUAAGUACAACUGGUUUGACAACCGUCUGAGUCACGUCCGUCCUCUUAAAGCUGGAAAAACCACCAUUAAAGCUGAAGUGGAAUGGGACAAAAAGAAAGAAAGUUUAAAAACAGUCAUCAUCGACUCCAUCACUGGUGUGAAUUAUGGAUCUGAGAAACAAAUCUUCACCACUGAGCUGACUCGAGGGUUUUCAGGAUCUGUCACUGAGAGCUUCAAGUUCAGCAAUUCCACCCAGAUUGGUUUAGGAACCAAAUUUGAAUUAUCGCUGGUUGGGUUUAAAGGUGAUCGCACCUUAAAUGUCAGUAACACCUUUUUAGUGGAGAAGGGCAGCAGCAACACCAAAACUACAUCUGAAAGUAUCAGAGUCUCCAUGCCAGCCAGCAUUCCUCCUCGCACCAAACUCACAGUGAACGUGGUGAGGAAGGAGAUGACUGUUGUGAUCCCGGUCAAGCUGACCAUCACCAACGGCUUUCACACUAAGGUUGAGUAUGGAGAGUACCAGUGCGAGCAGGGGAACUCUAUUAGCACUCUAUUCAAGGAGGAGAAGAUCUAAUACAACCAGAACAAAACUUUAUUGCUGUGUAACAUUUACAUUUACAGAUUUUGGCAGAUGCUUUUAUGCAGAGCAACAUACAAAAGUUCUUUGAAGUAAAAGUACUCUAUCAUUGAAUAUAUUAACACUGGUUCACUGGGCUACAGAUUCCAUCAACCUAAAACUCUGUUUAUAGUGUUUUUUUUCUAUACCACAGAACUACACAAAGCAGAAAUGAUCUUUCAUUUAGUAUAAGUAAUGAAUAUACUGUAUGUAUCACUGUAUUAUGAUUCAGUUAAUGUUUUGGUUUAUUAGUAUGUAAUGUGAUGUUACUUCCCUGGUUAUUGAACAUCCAAUAAUACAAUGAUUU